AUUCUAUCGAAUCACCGCUCCCCGCUGCGGAGGUGCCCUGGCCCAUUCUUUGCCCGGUGGACGAAUCUCUGGCGGUUCUACCACACGCUGCGCGGCGACAUACACCUCGUCAACAAGCGCAUGCACGAAAGGUACGGGCCCGUCGUGCGGACGGGGCCGAACAACCUAGAUCUGGAUCUACCCGAGCUCAUAAAGACCAUUUACACGACGGACGGCAGAUGGCCCAAGACGGGCUUUUACCCGCCUGCCAGCAAUGUCGUCGAUGGAAAGGUGGUGUACAAUGUGUUCAGUCUUUGUGACCCGGCUGAGCAUGCGCGCCAGAAAAGGCCAAUCGCAAAACACUACUCGCUUCCAAGCAUCUUGCAGCUGGAAGGCCAUGUGGACGAGGCAAUACUGUUAUUCUGUCGCCAGCUCGAAGAUCGCUUCAUGACGUCCAAAGAUGGGAGUUUUGGCGAGAGCUUCGACCUUGGCGAGUGGAUCUCGAUGUACGCGUGGGACGUCAUUGGCCAGAUCACCUUCUCCAAGCACUUUGGCUACCUCGAGAAGGGCUGCGACUUUGACGGGCACAUCUGGCUGUCGGCCAUCGGCUCCGACUACCUCGCCGCCGUCAGCCAGCUGCCGUACCUGGACCGCUGGAUCGACAAGAAUCCCAUCUUCCCCAUCGGCGGCGCCACGAGGCUGCUCGCGCCGACGCUGCGCAGGUUCCGCGACCGAAUGCAUGGCGGACUCGACGACGGGCACAAGCGGACGACGGCCGCCCCCGACUUCCUGGACCGGUUCGUGCAGGCCAAGGCCGAGCACCCGGAUGUGGUCGACGACGGCCAGAUCGUCAGCUACCUGGCCAUCAACAUGCUCGCCGGCGCCGACACCACGGCCAUCGCCAUCAAGGCCGUGCUCUACCACGUGCUGCGCACGCCGCGCGUCCGGAAGCGCCUCGAGGAGUCCCUAGCGGCGGCGGCCGCCGCCGCCCGGAAGCCCGACGACGAGCACGCGGUGGUGCCGACGUACGCAGAGGCGCGGGCGGUGCCGUACCUCGAGGCGGCCGUGCGCGAGGCCAUGCGGCUGCACCCGGCGGUGGCCAUGACGCUGCCGCGGCACGUGCCGCAGCCCCGUCCCGACGGGGGCGCCUCGCCGCCGCCGCCGUCCCCUCCGCUCGUGCUGCCCGACGGCACCGUCGUCCCGCCCGGCACGAGCGUCGGCAUGAACCCAUACGUGGUCGGGCGCAACCGGGCCGCGUUCGGCGCCGACGCCGACGACUUUAGGCCCGAGCGCUCGCUGCGGGCUGAGGCCGAGGGCGAGGCCGAGUUUGCAAAGAGGCUCGCGGCCAUGAACGCCGCGGACCUGACCUUUGGCGCCGGCUCGCACGUCUGCCUGGGCAGGCACUUGGGCCUGGUCGAGGUCUACAAAGUCGUCGCGACGCUGUUUGCGAGCUACGAGAUGGGCAUGGUGCGGCCCGAAAAGGAGUGGUGGACGCGCAAUGGGUUCUUUUUGCGGCAAAAGGGGCUGAACGUUCGGAUGAGGCGGAGGGAUUGUGUUGUGGUUUAGUAGAUUAGAUAAUUGGGAAGUAGCUGCCACGAAAAGGCUCAUGCAAGGCGAACACGCCAGCCAUGAAAAAUAUUACAGUCUUGCUUGACAACAGAAAGCGUGCAAAGACUGAAGAGGGGAAUAGGAAUAAGAGCAGGAAUAACAAUGGGAACAAUAAUGGGAAUAGCAACAUGAAGAACAACAGGAAUAACAAUAAAGAUGAAAAUAAAAAUAAAG